AUGUCUGCCUCUCCGCUCACUCCUGGUACCGACAUGGGCACUCAUUGGGAGCUCUCGUCUGGCGCCUCGUCGCCCCGAUCCGACACUUCGAGCAACACCAACAGCUUGUUCUCUUCGCCUGAUUCGCCUGCCGAUACAGAGCUGUCAUUCCCAAGCCUUGGACCCAAUGAUGCCAAGGAGUCUUUGGCACUUGGUCACAUUGACGUUUCCAUCAUGCCCAGCCUUGCCAAUCACAUCCUCGUUGGACAAACUGCCUAUGCCCCAGGACACAUUCGAGUCAUGUCUGAAGAGCUCCAGCAAGCCCGAAAAACAGGAGAGUUUCCCAACACAUCAUCUACGGUCGAAGAUCCCCAGACCAUCGUGGAAGACUACCAACAUCUCCAGCGUCUUAGAGAUACACGAGGUGACCCCGCCUUGCCGCCCUCGGCAUCCUACAACAUUCUCAAGGUCGACAUUGCACGUCGCAUCAAGGCUCGCGAUGAAGCUCACGGAGCCCCGGCCAACUUUCAAGAGGUGGAUCAUCGAGUUCAAAACUGGAUGAGCUCAAUCAACAAGGAAGCGCGCAUGCUGGAGAUUACACAGGCGGCACUUCAGCGCAAGGGCAUCAACAACCCCACACAAGAUGACCUAGACGCCAUCGCCGAGGAGUUCAUGCAGAUUGCGGAGCGCACUCUUCUUGACGUCGCCAAUCCUCUGCGCAUGAACACCACCCGCCUUGCUGGCAACAUUGAUCGCUUCGACAGCCAGCUCGAUGGACUGUCAUCCAUGAACGAUGCAGUCAGUGCCUCCAUGACGUCUCAACUCAACACUCUUAGCACCAUGCUGAGUGCUCAAACCAAUACCUUCAAUGGCUCUGUCGGCAUGCUGAACACAGCACUCACUACCGUUACCACUGAUCUGCAUCAACUCUCCACCAACCUGCCAGCAAUCAUUGCGGCUGCAGUUCAAGCUGCAGUCAAGGAGCAACUGUCUCCUCUUCCCCAUCACCAGUUCCACAGCAAGGGACACCGAUCCAACUACGAGCAGCCCCCCGGAUACGCUUCAGCUACACGGGCGCAACAAUACCAUGCAGCUGGCAGAGAGUACUUUGGCAUUGGCGCACGAGUUGUCGCUUCUGCAGACCAAGUAUCAGGACAAGGAAAUGGGCAGACUUCGGACAUGGGCACGCAGCCCACGAAGUCAAGACUCAAAAGAUUCUUGCGCGUCAUCACUGGAAGAGGGCAAUCGAAAAAGGAUGCCGGUUCAAAGUAACGAAGCUCAAGACGAGGCUUCAAAGUUCAGCUGUCCGACUUUGUGGCCAGCAUUCUCCCCUCUGAGACGUACACAACACAUCCGAUCACCAAGCUUUGGAAAGAUGGAAGGCAUGAUGGGAGGAAAUUGGUUUUGUAGAUCACUGGUAGUUUGACUCGUACGUACCACGAGAUUAAUAAUUCGUUUCACAU